GUCGUCAGUCUUGCAGCUAAAGAAAACCGCUGAAACUCCGAUCGGGGAUCUUGAGAGUCCGAGCUAAUGUCAGGGAUGGAGAGAUUGCAGAGGAUGUUCGCCGGUGCUGGAGGCGCUUUGGGUGGCCACCCACCGCCAGAUUCGCCGACUCUUGAUUCAUCGGAGCAGGUCUACAUCUCCUCUCUUGCCCUCCUCAAAAUGCUCAAGCACGGGAGGGCUGGAGUUCCUAUGGAAGUGAUGGGCUUGAUGCUGGGAGAGUUUGUGGAUGAGUACACAGUACGUGUUGUUGAUGUCUUUGCGAUGCCUCAGAGUGGCACUGGUGUCAGUGUUGAAGCCGUUGAUCAUGUUUUCCAGACUAAUAUGCUAGAUAUGCUUAAACAAACUGGAAGACCAGAAAUGGUGGUUGGUUGGUACCAUUCACACCCUGGAUUUGGCUGUUGGCUUUCUGGUGUUGACAUCAAUACACAGCAGAGUUUUGAAGCUUUGAAUCAACGGGCUGUUGCAGUGGUGGUGGACCCAAUUCAGAGUGUUAAAGGGAAGGUGGUGAUUGAUGCAUUCCGAUUGAUCAACCCACAAACCAUGAUGCUUGGCCAAGAACCACGGCAAACAACAUCUAACGUUGGGCAUCUUAAUAAGCCUUCCAUUCAAGCAUUGAUCCAUGGGCUGAACAGACAUUAUUACUCAAUAGCAAUUAACUACAGGAAGAAUGAACUUGAGGAAAAAAUGCUAUUGAAUUUGCAUAAGAAGAAAUGGACGGAUGGAUUGACACUUUGUCGCUUUGAUACCCAUUCCAAAACCAAUGAACAGACUGUUCAGGAGAUGCUAAACUUGGCUGUCAAAUACAACAAGGCGGUGCAAGAGGAAGAUGAAUUGCCGCCGGAGAAGCUUGCAAUUGCUAAUGUUGGACGACAGGAUGCCAAGAAGCACCUUGAGGAGCACGUCUCAAAUUUGAUGUCUUCGAACAUCGUUCAAACUUUGGGAACCAUGCUUGACACAGUCGUGUUUUAGAGACCUAGUUUCAGCAUGUUCUCAAACCUUAAUUAUUUGGUGCUUCAAUUCUCCCCAUGUGUUACACUACAUGCCUUGGAGAAAACUUGUGUUAAAACCCAUUUCCCGUCAUCACCCACCAAUUAUAAUUUCCUGGGUUUUUGUUGAUUCUUAUUUGAAAUUUCCAACUGCAUGUUGCAAGUACUCUUUAAAUUUAUUUUUCUGGAUAUAAGUGAGAUACUGGUCUGUGGAUCAUCUUUUUCGUCACGUAGAAAGGAUUAUAAUUUAGAAAAUACAAAUAAAGAUUAGAAACGUAU